AUGGCUCUCAUAAACGUCCUCAUCUCUCCCUGGGCGCCAGCCGCCGUGCUGGCUGCUGUGGCCGCCUACUACCUGUUCCCCUACUUGGUCACCUUUGGCGCCCUUCGAGGCAUCCCGGCACCCUUUGGCGCACAGUUCAGCAACUUUUGGUUGCUUUCCGCCUGCAGACGAGGAAAACGAUACGAGUUGGUCGACCAGGUUCACAAGAAGUUGGGGCCUGUGGUGCGCAUCGCGCCCAACCAUGUUAGCAUUGCCGACGCGUCGGCCAUCAACGCCAUCUAUGGCCAUGGCAAUGGCUUCCUCAAAUCCGACUACUACGACCCCUUCGUCUCGAUCCAUCGCGGAGUCUUCAACACCAGAAACAGGGCUGAGCAUACUCGCAAACGCAAGAUUGUGUCGCACACAUUUGCCCCCAAGUCGGUCCUCGAAUUCGAGCCCUAUAUCCGCCAGAACCUCGAACUGUGGGCGAAGCAGUGGGAUUCAAUCGUGCAGAAAUCUCCCAACCGGGACGGCACUGCUGAUCUGGACUGCCUCAACUGGUUCAACUUUGUGGCCUUUGACAUCAUCGCCGAUUUGGCCUUUGGAAAGCCCUUUGGAAUGAUUGCUGCCGGAGCCGACAUCGCCGAGGUCAAGGCAAGCCCAACGAGCCCUGCCAUUUAUGCCCCCGCCUGUGAGAUUAUGAACCGUCGCGGCGAAGUUUCCGCCACACUCGGAUGUGCCCCUUGGUUGAAGCCGUAUGCGAAGUGGCUUCCGGAUCCCUUCUUCAGCCAAGGAUUGCAAGCCGUCGAAAACCUGGCUGGAAUUGCCAUCGCCCGAGUCAGCGAGCGACUGGAGCGGGCAACGGAUGUUAACCGCAAAGAUCUCCUGGCUCGUUUGAUGGACGGGCGAGAUGAGAAGGGAGAGCCUCUCGGUCGAUCUGAGCUGACUGCAGAAGCUCUGACUCAGUUGAUUGCUGGCAGCGACACUACCUCCAACUCUUCAUGCGCUCUCCUGUACAACGUUGUCCGAACCCCUGGAGUGCUUCAGAAACUACAGGCAGAGAUUGAUGCUGCUGCGCCUGGCGAUGAUGCCGUUCCCGCUUACGAGGAGGUCAAGCAUCUCCCGUAUCUCGGCCAUUGCAUCAACGAGACCCUACGAUACCACUCUCCUUCAGGAAUUGGCCUGCCUCGCGAAAUCCCACCCAACUCUCGAGGCAUCACUCUCCACGGACGACAUUUCAGCGCUGGAACGGUUCUGAGCGUCCCUACAUACACCAUUCAUCACUCGAAGGAAAUCUGGGGCCCUGAUGCCGACGAUUUCAGGCCCGAGAGAUGGGAAGAUUUGACCCCCGACCAGAAGACUGCCUUUAUUCCCUUCAGCCACGGUCCUCGAUCUUGCGUGGGGAGGAAUCUUGCGGAGAUGCAAAUGAGAUUGAUUGCUGCGGUGUGGGUUAAGCGCUAUGGCGUCGUUUUGCGACAGGAAGUCAUGGAGACCCGUGAGGGAUUCUUGCGGAAACCCAUGGGCCUCGAGGUUGGGAUCUCACGACGCUGA